AUGAAUGACUCGCUCAAACUAGUGAACGAAUGGGCAAUCAAAAACAUGGUACAAAUAAAUCCAAGCAAGUCUCAAAAACUUAAUAUAAACUUACCUCCUAUUACGAUAAACAAUGAAAUACUAAAUUAUACGGAUAAUUUAAAAAUACUUGGAUUAAUAAUUGACUCGUCAUUAGCGUGGGAUGGACAAAUUUCUAAAUUAUGCGGUGAAAUUUAUGGAACAUUAUCAAUGUUGAGACAAACUCAGUCACUCAUACAUCUGAAUUUGAAAAUGCAUUUGAUAAAAUCUUUAAUUGUCCCCAAAUUUAUGUACUGCUCUGAAAUUUAUAUGGGAUGUUCACGUUCAAAUUGGCAUAAACUAAACAAAACUCCAACUUACAUUUUCGAGAAGCUACAUUUACCAAGAAUCCCGAGAAACAGACUAUUAAAUCUUCCGCCAUCUAAAUGUUCAAAGCAACAUAUGAAUGGCUUUUUCGUUCGCGGCCCUCGCCUCUGGAACUCUUUGCCUGUUGGCUUGAGAAUGCUAGACUCGAUGUCAGCUUUCAAACAAAGCUGUCUGACUUAUUUCGCGUCGCAGAAAACACAAAAUUAG